GAGAGUGCUAGCUGUGAUCUUAAUUAAGCUAUGUUUUCUGCAGUAAUGGCAUCGCUGAGGGAUCUCCUAACUCCACUUUUCCAUGGAUUCAUCCAUGAAGAUUUCCAUGCAGCUGUUGCGAAGAUGACUCUCAUUGAUGCUUUCCUCUUCCUUAUUGUGCACUCCGUUGAUAAGUUGGGGAUAUGGCACCGCUUUCCAGUGUUCUUAGGUCUAUUUUAUCUCGCCAUUCGCCGGCACCUUCACCAGGAAUACAAUUUAAUCAACGUUGGUAGAUCUCCGAUGGGUGUCAGGUUUAACCCCGGGGAUUAUCCAUAUAAGACAGCCGAUGGAAAACACAACGAUCCCUUCAAUGAAGGUGCAGGUAGUGAUGAAACUUUCUUUGGCAGAAACCUUCUCCCCGUUGAUCAAAAGAACAAGCUAACGAAACCAGAUCCGAUGGUGGUGGCCACAAAACUUCUUGCGCGGAGAAAAUUCACCGACACAGGGAAGCAAUUCAACAUGAUUGCUGCUUCUUGGAUUCAGUUUAUGAUACAUGAUUGGGUUGACCACUUGGAGGAUACCAAUCAGAUUGAGCUUACUGCACCUAUAGAAGUUGCAAACCAAUGCCCCCUCAAGUCUUUCAAGUUCUACGAGACAAAGGAGGUUCCAACCGGCUUUCACGAGAUUAAGCAUGGGACAUUGAACAUUCGUACACCAUGGUGGGAUGGAAGUGUUAUAUAUGGGAGCAAUGCAGAGACAUUGCGAAAGGUGAGAACUUUCGAAGAUGGGAAACUCAAAAUAUCACCAGAUGGCCUUCUUCUCCAUGACCAAGAUGGCAUUGCUGUGUCAGGAGAUGUUCGUAAUAGUUGGGCUGGUGUCUCAACAUUGCAGGCCCUCUUCAUUAAAGAACACAAUGCUGUCUGUGACACCCUCAAGAAGGAAUAUCCAGAGUUGGGUGAUGAAGAUUUAUAUCGUCAUGCAAGGUUGGUGACAUCAGCAGUAAUUGCUAAGAUCCAUACAAUAGAUUGGACAGUGGAGCUCCUCAAAACUGAUACAUUGCUUGCAGGGAUGCGUGCCAACUGGUAUGGAUUGUUGGGUAAGACAUUCAAGGACACAUUUGGUCACGUUGGAGGAGCCAUAUUGGGAGGUUUGGUGGGUCUAAAGAAACCAAAUAAUCAUGGUGUCCCUUACUCAUUGACUGAGGAGUUUGUGAGUGUUUAUCGUAUGCACUCGCUUUUACCUGAUCACCUUCACCUCCGGGACAUCUCGGCCGCUCCAGGACCGGACAAAUCACCACCGUUGAUCGAAAAGGUUCCUAUGGCAAAUAUGAUAGGUAUUACGGGAGAAAAGGCCUUGGCAGAAAUUGGGUUCACAAAGCAACUGGUUUCAAUGGGCCACCAAGCUAGUGGGGCCCUAGAGCUUUGGAACUAUCCUACGUGGCUCAGGGACCUUAUAGUACAUGACAGAGAUGCUAAUGAUAGGCCUCAUCAUGUGGACCUACUAGCUCUUGAAGUCUAUAGGGACAGAGAGAGGAGUGUCGCAAGGUACAAUGACUUCCGCAGGGCCCUACUAUUGAUACCCAUUUCGAAGUGGGAAGAUCUGACGGAUGACAAUGAAGCAAUCCGAGCGCUUGAAGAAGUGUACGGUGAUGAUGUUGAAGAGCUUGAUGUGCUUGUGGGCCUCAUGGCAGAGAAAAAGAUCACUGGGUUCGCUAUUAGUGAGACAGCGUUUGUAAUAUUCUUACUAAUGGCAUCAAGGAGGCUGGAAGCAGAUAAGUUCUUCACGAUCAAUUUCAACGAGGAGACAUACACGGAGAAAGGACUUGCAUGGGUAAACAAUACAGAGAGCUUGAAGGAUGUAAUAGACCGUCAUUACCCAGAAUUGACGAAUAAAUGGAUGAAUUCUACAAGCACUUUCUCAGUGUGGGAUUCACCUCCAAAUUCUCCCAAUCCGAUCCCAAUCUAUCUGCGGAUUCCUCACUGAACCCCAAAUAUAUAUUUGGAAUAAUUAAGUUAUUAAUGGGUCCAUCUUUACCUUCUACCUAAAUAAGAAAAGCGUGGAAUUGCUUUAAUAAACUGUUACGUGGCAAUAGUCAUGCAAUGGCAGGACUCGUGGAAUAAGAGAAUUCUAGAAUAAGAGGGUAUCUAUCUCCACAGUAAUUAAUAGUAGUAGUAAUCAAUAUCUGUAGUAGAAUGUAAUGUACCUCAUCAUGUAAUUCAUUUUCUCUGUUCUUGUUUACAGUGUCUUGUAACGCUUAUUUAAGCAAUGGAUUGAUGAAUAAUAUUAUCAAGAUUCAGUA